GAAAUGGAUGGCCGCUCCCACGGCUUCGCUCCCACUUUCCCACCACACAACAUCAACACUCGGCAGACCACAUCCUCUGGCCUCCCUCCUGCCGCCUCUUUUCGCGGAUAGAUCGCAGAGAAGUAGGGCCACCAGUCCUGCUGCUGUGAAAGAAAGAGAGAAAAACAAAAAGAACCAGGCAUAAUCGCAUCAGCAAGCGCGGAACUUAACCAAUGGAUCCCUCCGCCGACGCAAACUCCGCCAAUGCCGGAGCUACUCGGCAGCAGUAUCGUGCUGUGUCGUCUUAUAAGCCGGUCUACGCGGACGAAAUAGCUCUUUCGACCGGCGAUAUUGUUUUGGUUGUUCAGGCAUAUGACGAUGGCUGGAUCACUGGUCACAAUGUGAAUACCGAUGCGCGCGGUCUGCUCCCUUUCAACUUCCUUGUACCAGUGAAGAAGGACGAUAAGCAGGCUUCUCCUGCCUCUGUCAUCAAUCCUGCGUCUGGACCCACUACCAAUAAUGGGCAGAGCGAAACCUCUGCGAGCACAAAGCAGGACAAGCCUGUGGGAGGUCCACAGGCAGCCACCACCACCGAAACAGGGACAGUGGAGCGACAGAGCGCUGAAAGUCCUGAAUCUGGCCGGGAACCAGCUGAGCAGAUUGAACCUAAAAAGCUCGCUCGGAUGUCUUCGUUGAUUGGGAAAAGUCCGGUUGACAUCGACCUGCAGAAACCUUCCAGGGAUUCUUUCGAGACGGCCAGUCAAUCAUCUGCUUUGAGCAAGCCCUCGUUGGCGCGGAACGAGAACUCACCGCCGAUGAGUCGAAAUGGAAGUGUCAAAAUGGCAACGCCAGAGUUCAACACGCUGACGUCCACAGCGUCCGCGGCGGCAACGCCGGCUACACCCGCGAGUCUGCGGACCACGCCGGAGGCUUAUAACAAGACAUCCACGCCACCGGUGCAUCAAUCCGGUGGGAGCUCCUUGGAAAGGAGGACUGGGCCAAGCUCUUUGGAAAGGAAGAUUGAAAGCAGUACCUUGGGAACUGGCCCAGCCCCGGGAACCCUUAAGGAGGCGAAGAAGGGUGCAGGGAGCUCCAGACCUCAGCCGGAUGUUCCAAGCCUAUCUCCGGAGGAAAGGCUUCAGCAAACAAAGACGAAGCUGCAGAAAGUAAAGUUGAGCAGAGCCGCGCGGGCGCGGCCUCCGUCAGCCAUUGGGGUUUUGCGAUUCACUGUUGUUGGAGAUUCUGGGAUUGGAAAGACUUCUUUGAUUCGCCAAUUCCUUGCGAGCUCUGAAGUGAAGCGCUUCGAACCUGCAGCUGGGGAGCCAAGCUUUGCCACGGAAAUCUUUUCCGCGUCUACCGGCGAAUCUGGCAGCUCUUCCAUCGACGACCUGAACCUUCACUUUGUCGACACCCCUGGAUUUGGUGCGCAGAUGGACGCGAUGGCCACGAUCCAGCCUGUGGUCUCAUACCACAUGCAGCAAUUCGAAGUUACGGAUAACGUCUUUGUCCCGGACAUCAACUCGGCGGUACUGCACCGCUUCCUGUUGACGCCAAACGGGGGUCACACCCACGUUGAUCUCUCCAUCUUUGGUAUUCUGCACAGGAUAAAGCCUGUAGAUAUCGAGUACAUGAAGCGGUUGGCCCCGUACGUGGCCGUAUGCCCUGUUAUCCUGAAGAGCGAUACCCUCACGCGGAACGAGCUCUUUCGCCUCAAAGUCUCCAUUCUGGAAGAAGUGAAGCGCGCCGGCGUGGAGAUUUACGGUUUCGGCCUUACGGUGGAUGAGCUCAUCGAUCUCGCCAAGGCUGGGGUGGAUGGCGUCGUUCCGUUCGCCGUCAGCAACCCCGUCUUACUCCCUACGGACCGCUUCGGCUCGCCGGACCACCCACAAGCGUCGAGCUCGGGGCAAACCACCACAUUGAGCGACAAGAUCAACGAAUUCAAAAUGCUUAAGAACCACAUCCUCUCCCUGGACGUGGACGACUUCCGCGCUGUGACCGCGGGCAAAUUUGUUACGUGGCGGGAACAAAAGUUCGCCUCAUCCCGCCAGCGGGCAGAGCAGGACCGCAUCGCGGCUGAGGAGCGCGCACUGGCCCAGGCGCGCGCCCAAGCUCAGGCGAUGAUUCAGGCGCAGAUGGAGCGUCAGCUGCAAUCCCAGCAGCAACAACAGCAUCAACAUGCUGACGACGGGUCCUUUGGACGCGGCUACCCAUCCCAACCUCAACAUUCGGGACAACAUCAACAACACCAUCAGCAGCAGCAACAGCAGCAACAAUUCCUCCAGCAACAGCAACAGCAACAGCCACGUGAACAACAACAGUACGGUAUAUACCAGCAGCAAAACACCAGUAAAUCGGCGACGGGACCCAAGUUUUUGAACAACCUCUUUGGACGGAAAGGCUCUACUCCCAACUCGUCGCAAACAUCUCCGAAUGGGACGCCGUCGUUGCAACGAUCGGCGCAAACCCAGAGCAGACGGCCGAGUGAGGACCCGAAUCGAUAUUGAACAUUGGACUUCCUUCCGUUUCGUUUUACCCAUGGUCGGGAAUGGACUUCAUAUACCGAUAUACCGACUGCUGCACCUUUCUCGUAUUCACCCUGGACCACUCCCCAUUUC